AGCGGAAUUUACAAAGAGCAGAUCUGUACCGAACGUUAUCGAAUAAACACUUCACAUCGAAUACACGUGUUUCGUUGCUAUAAGAGCCUGCCUAUGUGUGUGUCUUAAUAUAAAAGAAGCCCUACAAUGACAAGAUCCAUACGAAAAGAAGGAGAUUCUUCGUCGCAACGAAAACGCAGCGCCAGUUCGCAUUUAGACAGCAAUUGGAGCGAAUAAACACGUGGAUGUGCGCCGACAUGGAUCAAGCUGUUAUUUUUCUAUUAGUUUUAUCGUUAUUUCUCGGAAACGUAACGGCGGCGUUAGAAAAUACGACUACCGAAUCAGUGUCUGACGAUGCCGGAAUAACCGUAUCUUUAUGGAAUCAUAGUGAGAAUGACGCAUUUAAACAACGAAUAAAUUUAGCCCCAUUUAAUCACUUAAACAUCACUGUGACGGAUAUUCCAUCAGAAAUUUGGUUUAUUAUUCUACAAAUUCAUACAUUUCAAUACAAUGCCACGUUAUGCUACGACGAAGCGCUAUUUGAUAAAGUGUCGAACAGGAGUUUAUUUGGCUCAAACAUUGGUCUGUACUUAAAAACGCAUAAUGUAACAGCCCCAAUACAGGUAUUCUUGAAGCACGACAAUGUGCACAAUCUCGAUGCAUUGCUCGUGAUUGUCACGUACGGCCGAAAUGCGCCGACACCGGGUAGUUGUAACAUGGAAUUCGAUAUCGAGGUAUCGCCGUAUCAAAAGCUCCUCGCAGAAAAUGACAUGAUAGUGGUGGACACGGAGCCAGCCUCGAUUCUCGGCCCUGACGGUUCGCCGAUUCCCUGCGAGAAAAGCGUGCAGCACAAGAUGUACCGUCUUUAUCUGCCUAGACAGGACUUCACUCCGGACACGUAUUUCGACGCGAUCGCGAGUAUGCUGACCGCACAAGACAUUGCGCGGAACGGCGACGAGAUACCAGUAGGUGCUCUUACGGAUUCCAUGAGACGUGUCUACAGUGCGUACGCCGGCACAGGAUCGGUUUAUGCCGCGGUUGCUACUUACGAAAAUUACUCCUCAGCUUACGUCCCGAUUUUUACAUACGCUUGCAGCCCUCUGCUUCAUCCGGAGAGUUGUCAAGUUUUAAAUGACACAUUUGCAGGGAUAGUUUGCGCCUUGGUCCUGAUUACAGGUUGUCUGUCAACUAUUAUCGGGCAUAAAUGUGCUUUUAUAGACGGUUUAUUAGCGAGUUCUAUGACAGGUGGUGUCUUUGGAUACAUUAUAGCAACGUAUACUGACGAUCACAGGACGAUUGCAAUCAAGAUCCUGAUAGGUUUGGCAUUUGCCGUACUCGUUACUCCAGCCAUAUCGAUACUCUUAAGUGCUUGCAAGCGUAUAUCAGGUGUAUUACGCAAUAUGUCAUUGGGAUUCCUGUGCGCAUGCAUCGCAUACCUUUACGCUCCAGCUUGGAUGUUUUACGUUUUGGAACAUAACUGGUUAUUCUGGCCUGUGUUCGCAAUCCUAACACUUGCAAUAACCACGCUUCUGAUGCCGAUGUCCGAUGCCGCUGAAGUGAUUACGCGUGCGAUUUUCGGAUCUUACUUCGUAAUCGUCGCGCUCGAUUACUAUAUCGGAAGUAAUUUGAAAUAUAUUAUUGUCACCAUAAUCAGGAGGAUGACUAUACCCGGAUUUCACUUAGCGUUCGUAUAUCCGCCCCUUCAAAGUGCAGAUGUAACUUUGCUAAUUAUCUGGAGUGUUCUGAUAAUAGCGCGAUUUAUUAUACAACAGUGUAUUUCUUCAUGGUGUAAGGGUAUGCCUACGAUAAAAAUUGUAAUGUUUAAUAAGGAUGGAGUAUCUUUGCUGGCUAAUUAUCGUCGCUCUUCUAUCGUCGCCGGAAGUUCUAAAAGAUCUCUCAUGCGCCUUCCAAAGCGAGACCACGUGAUCCGAAUACACGACUAGAAAUUUUCGUAGGCUCUCCUCAAGUAUGACUUGCCCUACUUCCAGAUUAUAAACAGCAUCAAUAUUGUUAAAAGAUUGAUUUAAGUCACAAAUCUCAAUUAAUAAUGUAUGUACCUUGUAUAAGCAGAUGUUUCAUACCUGUUUUCCUCCUACUUCCUUAAAUAUUAAAAUAUGAUAUUUUAAACAGGGCAUAAAAUUACAUAAUAAUGUACAACAAUUUAUACAUGUUUAACAGUGAAUUCUUUAUAAUUUUUUAAGAUAAAAUUUUUUUAAUAACUGUGAUGCUGCUUUUAUGUUAAUAUGUAUCAAACAAUUAAUUUUAUUUUUUACAAGAUUAAAUUAAAAUGUACUUGAUAGUCGUGAAUUAAUUGUGUAGCAUUAUUAGAAAUAUUUUAUUAUAGUGUAUAUAUAUAUUUUUUUAAAUUAUUUUUUAGUAUUUUGUAAUAAUAUAUUAUAUAAGAACUUACAUAUUAUUACUUAAAAUUGUAAACGGAUAAGGCUCAUACGAAUAAACAAAUUCGAAUAUCAAAAA